GAACCGAAGAGUUAAACGGGCAGGGCAUCAGUUAUAUCUUUCUUUGGUGUUGCAGUGCGCCCUCUAGUGUUCAGAACAUAGGAGGAAGCAGGAAGUGAAUAGUAUGAUCAUGUGAUUGCUGCUGCUGCUGCUGCGGUGAGCUGUUGGAUGUGUUUGUUUCACUGCAGCAGGGACCUGUGACCGGAAACCAUGGCACACUGCGGGAACCCCAACCCCGUGCCCAAACUUUACAAGUCCAUUAUUGAAGAUGUCAUUGAAGGAGUGGCAGAACUUUUUGCAGAAGAAGGUGUAGAAGAGCAAGUUCUUAAAGACCUAAAAAAAUUGUGGGAAACCAAACUCAUGCAGUCUAAAGCUAUGGAAGGUUUCUUCAGAGAUCACAGUAGUGUACCACAGUUUGUUCUUCAGUUACCACAGCAUUUACAUCAGUCACUCCAUGCAUCAACAGUUCUUCAAGGCGGUAGAAAUAUUUCAAAUUUUACCGGAACUGAUAUGAGCUCAACUGGAUCAAGUAGUGCCUUCACUUUGCCACCCGGUAUUACAUAUCCUAUUCACUUACCAGCUGGAAUGACUGUACAGACUGCAUCAGGGCAACUUUACAAAGUGACAGUGCCAGUGAUGGUGACUCAGGCCCCUGGAGCGCCCAGGAUUCUUCAGCAGCCAGUCCAACAGUACUUCCAGCAUAUUACUCAACCCCCCCGACCAACCCCAAACAGCCAGUUUGGCGGAGGUAUCCAAGUAGGACAAAAAUGGCAGCAGCAGCAACAGCAGGUCCCUCAAGUCAACAGGUCUUAUGAGGCUGUAAAUGAAUGUGAGGCAGACAGGCCGCUACAUAGUGAUUUGGGGAAUGCUAAUGGAGAGUCAUUUAUUCAGCAGUCUGUUGAUAUGCAGAACCAGCAACUCGCAAGUAAUGUGCUUAAUCAGCCAUUGAAUGGCUUAAAACAAAAUAAUUUUAAUGAUAUGCCACCAGCGCUGUUUAGUCCACAGCAGACUGAAUUAACCUUGGCUGAUAGCUCUGAGUCUCUGAAUAACUUAAACAUGGCUCAGACAGUUCAAGGGCAGCCAGACUGCUCCAGCCUAUUGAAAUCGCCGGAUGCUGAUAGUGUGGUUGACCUGAUAUUGCUGGGUGAUGAUGAAGAUGAGAAUAAAAAUAUACCCAUACCUAACAACAAUGUAAAUAUUCAACAUAAACUUUCCACUGUACAGGAUCAGAUCGCUCCUAAUGACAGUGAGAUAAUUCAAGUUGAUGGAACAGGAGAUACAUCAUCUGAUGAAGAUCUGGGAGCAGUCAGAGAUGUCGAUGAGAAUGAGUUUCUGGGUAUUAUUGACACGGAAGAUCUAAAGGCUCUAGAAGAAGAUGAUUCUGGGUCCAACGAUACCACUAGCAAUAGCAGUGAUGAUGAGGAUCCAGAGAUUGAUGUGAUUGAGGAGGAUCCUUUAAAUUCUGGAGAUGAUGUGAGUGAACAAGAGGUUCCAGACCUUUUUGACACGGAUAAUGUUAUAGUUUGUCAGUACGACAAGAUCCACAGAAGCAAAAAUAAGUGGAAAUUCUAUUUAAAAGAUGGCGUCAUGUGUUUUGGAGGAAAAGACUAUAUUUUCUCAAAAGCCAUCGGUGAGGCAGAAUGGUGAAUUUGGAUGAAGUGCAAAUUUUUUGCGUUUAUCUCUUUGGCAGAGUCUUAUUCAGAAAAUGACACUUAAAAAGCUAUUUUUUUUUUUUUUUUUUUUAUGUUUAUCUUAUUUAAAAAUGUUACCUUAGAACUGCCAUACUAAUUUUGGGGGUGGCAUAAAGGUUUCCUAUGCAGUUCCAACAUUAUUUGCUUAUUCAUUUCAUAAUGGUUAGAACUUUUUUGUUUUUUCUAAAACCUAGAUCCAAAUUCACUAUGACAAAAUUGUAGCUGCCAGCCGCCACCACUAGAGGGGCUGCGUACUUUGUAUACAAUGAACUCAAUAAUAAAACCAUAUGCAGUAAGUGCUUCCUAGUGGUGGUUGCAGGCAGAUUUGGUGCUUUAGAUCUGAAAAUGUAGUUGUGAUUUACUGGCUUAGCAAUAAAAUGCACUUAAUUCACCACAUUUAUUGAGCAUGUAGCUCUUCAGCAAAGGCCUUAAGGGGUUAUACAGGAUUAGAAAAACCUAACUCCUCUUUUUCAAAAACAGUGGUGCCACACCUCUCCUCAGGAUGUGUGUGGUAUUACAACUCUAUUAACUUAAUGAAACUGAGCUGCAAUACCACACAAAAACUGUGGACUAGAGUGGCACUGUUUGUGGAAGAAAGUACGGUAGCUAUGUUUUUUUUAUAUAUAUUUUUUUUAUAUCCUUGAUAACCCAUUAAAUUGAUCACCCUAUUAAUAUUUUUUUCUUCUUUUUGUAGUAGUUGCACUUAUAGCUGAGCUACUGAUCAGUUGUCAAGAUUGCAUUGUUAACAAAAUAAUAUAUAUUUAUAUAUGCUAUAUACUUAUAUAUGUUAAUGUAUGUUGAAUUUUUUUUUCUGUCAAGCUAAUAAAAAUUCUGUUGAGCAGUAAUAUCAUUUGCUUUC